UUCCUCUUGUAACUACGUUUGAAUUUGGAACCCAAGAUGGCACGGGAACCGCAACAAAUAUUAAUCAAGGUCAAUGCAUCAUUAACAUAUCAUUAAGCUGUCUUUAUCAUGGGUUGAAGCCUCCUACCCAAAUCCCUCAAAAUCUUCCUGAUCCUAUUCCACUGGAUUUCUACUUUGUUCAAUUUGCAAUCACAAAAGCAUUCGACAUUUACUAG